CUUCAUCAACCAUGUCUAUAAUUUCUUAACUUCUCCGUCUCUCCAUCUUAUUUUGUUUCGGUGUGACAACUAGGAACUAUACUGAAGCCCCCACUUCAAUUACCAUGUGUGAAAAGAGCUGCAGCCACCACCAUGAAAGGAAGAAGCUCUACCUCCGGAUAUUCUGGUCGGUGAUAGCUAUAUUUGUCAUCAUCGCCUUGGUUAUCUUGCUGGUAUGGGCCAUUCUCCAGCCCAAAAAGCCUACUUUCAUUCUCCAGGAUGCGACCGUGAAUGCCUUGAGUCUUUCAGGCUCAAAUUUCCUUACCAGUAACAUUCAGGUCACUAUAUCCGCCAAAAACCCCAAUGAGAGGAUUGGCAUUUACUAUGAAAAGCUCGAUAUCUAUGCUUCCUACCGUAACCAACAAAUAACCCUUGCAACUGAGCUGCCAAGGAGUUACCAGGGCCACAAAGAUAUCACCAUUUGGUCACCCUUUUUAUAUGCUAAUUCAGUGCCUGUGUCCCCAUAUCUUGCUGCUGCUCUGGGCCAAGACCUGAAUGCUGGGGCCGUUCUUGUCAAUAUCAAGGUCGAUGGGACUCUCAAAUGGAAGGUUGGCUCCUGGAUUUCAGGUACGUAUCGUCUCAACGUCAAUUGUCCGGCCUAUAUGACUUUUGGCAAUCGGUUCCAUGGCAUUGUCGACGGGGUAGGGAUCAAGUAUCAGUUUGUGCAAGGUUGCUCCGUGGAAGUUGCUCCUAGCUAAAGCUACUAAUUAUCUACUAUCGUUCAUGCUUUUCUUUGCUAAUAUAUAGCAGGUUGUUCCCUUUAAUUUUCUGUUCCAUCAAGUUAAUUUUAUGAUAAUUGAGCUCAAAUCGGGAUUA